UGAAAUUGAACUUGAACAGUUGGAUUAUACAAGACGUGCGUUAAAAGAUACAAAUAAUGAAAUACGCCAUAUACGUAAUAUAACAACUAAUAAAAUGAUAAAAAUACUAGAUCAAGAUCAUACCAAAAAACCUGAUUAUCAAGAAGAGGUUAACUCUAGUAAAGAAGAAUUAGCUAAUGAUUCAGGGAAUGUUUUGAGAGAAGCAUCAGAAUCAAUGGUUGGAAAGAUAGAAAGAAUUCUAUUGACGAGCGAAUUUGUGUUAAAUACAUAUUCUGAACAUAAUCUACCAAGAACUAGGAAAGUUUCAUAUAAGAAUUCUUCAAGCCAAAAAUCAACAAAAUUCACAAAGACUUGGCAGAUGCAAUCUACCAUAUUCUUGCACUAUACCUCUGAAGCGUCUUGCAAUAUAUUAAAGUCAGGAGAUUUGCGAGAAAAUCAAUAUAAUGCUCAAUUUGUUAGUCCUAUAUUAAAGAAUACACUAAAGGUCAUAUGUAACAUUGAUUGGAGAAUUCUCAAAGUGCCAGUAGAAAGUAGCAAAGAUCGUUGUAAUGCAAAUCUCAAUCCAAUCAUUGAUAAAGUUUUAGAGGCGAAGUAUGCAGAUGAGCUUGCUCGUCUUUAG